GGAAGAAAGAUGAGGAAGAAGAAGAAGGAGAGCCGGUUCCGGUGUCCUAUCAAAAAGAGUACAGAGACAAGCAACAUGGAUGCAGAUCGGGAUCCUUUUCUGCAGCCUCCGGGCCUUCAGGAAACUGCAAACUUUCAGAAGACUACAGGUCCUCAGGAAACUCCAAGCCUUCAGAAGACUCCAGACCGUCAGGAGACUCCAGGCCUUCAGAAGACUCCAGACCAUCAGGAGACUCCAGGCCUUCAGAAGACUCCAGACCAUCAGGAGACUCCAGGGCUUCAGAAGACUCCAGACCUGGAGACUCUAGACCCUCAAGAGACUCCAGGCCUUCAGAAGACUUCAGACCAUCAGGAGACUCCAAGCCUUCAGAAGACUCCAGACCUGGAGACUCUAGACCCUCAAGAGACUCCAGACCUUCUGAAGACUCCAGACUUGGAGACUCCAGACCAUCAGGAGACUCCAAGCCUUCAGAAGACUCCAGACCUGGAGACUCUAGACCCUCAAGAGACUUCAGGCCUUCAGAAGACUCCAGACCAUCAGGAGACUCCAAGCCUUCAGAAGACUCCAGACCUGGAGACUCUAGACCCUCAAGAGACUCCAGACCUUCUGAAGACUCCAGACUUGGAGACUCCAGACCAUCAGGAGACUUCAUGCCUUCAAAAGACUCCAGACCCUCAGGAGACUCCAGGCCUUCAGAAGACUCCAGACCUGAAGACUCCAGACCCUCAGGAGACUCCCGACCUUCAGAAGACACCAGACUUGGAGACUCCAGGCCUUCAGAAGACUUCAGGGCUUCAGGUGACUCCAGACCCCCAGGAGACUCCAGGCACAUUACAGAAUCCAAGCCCUCAGUUGUAUCCAGGCUUUCUAAAGACUCCAGGCCCACAGGUGACUCCAGAGAUUCAGGAGACCUCAGGCAACCUGAAGACUCCAAGCCCUCAUAAGACUAUAGACCCUCAGGAGACUUCAGGCCUUCAGAAGACUCCAGGCCCCCAAAAGGCUCCAACCCCUCAGACGACUUCAGAUCCUCACAAGACUCCUGUCUCCCAGCCGACUCCAGGUCCUCUGGAGACUCCAGGCUGCCUGCAGACUCCAAGCCCUCAAAAAAUUACAGACCCUCGGGAGACUUUUGGCCUUCAGAAGACUCAAGGCAAUCAAAAAACAACAGGCCCCAGCACCCAGGACUAUGAGAAUCCAGGGGAGAACUUGUGUUCCUCUCAGUUGAGGAUAUCGCAGUGCGAUGAUGCACAACCUGUGUCUUGGAUGACUCCCACUAUUGGACCAACACAGGCCAGUAACCUGGAAGAAUCUCCUCCAUUGCCUCUGACUGCGGUGCUCAUACCCUGUCACCAGAGAGACCCGUGUCAGACGAAUGCUGUAUGUAGCUCAGCAGAACAGGAGACAUUCAUCACAGACGCAGUCCAGUCUCCUGGUAUAGAACCAGCCACUCAGUGUGCACCUGGUGUUUUCUCAAUAAAGCUUCUUGAGUUGGACACUAGCGAUAUCACAGAUACUUCAUUCACUGAUAAAUGCCCUCCAGACCUCCGAAAACAAUCAGAAAGAAGUUCAGCAGAAUCUGAAAAGUCCAGUGACCGCAUCAAUGUGAAGAAAAUUACCAGCAAUAAAGUGACAAGUAACUCCGGUAAGGCAGAAGAUACUAAAGAGACGCUACUGAACGGCACUAAAGAGACGCUACUGAACGGCACUAAAGAGACGCUACUGAACGGCACAUGCAGUGAAAUGGCUCAGUGUACCCUAACAAACAUAGGCAUAAAUGAUGGCAAACAACCACAAUCCGAUAUCCCAGAAUUCCAAGUUGCCCAGUCGGAAGAAGUAAGCCUCCUAAAAAUACCAGUCUUACAGUGGACUGAACAGGACAGAAGUAUCCCAGAUAAUGUAUCCCAGUUACAGGCAGAUGAAGGUCAGAAUUCAAUGAGCGUGACCCAGGUGUCUCACCUAGCAGGGGAAGAUCCCCAGGUACAAGAACUAGAUUUCCACAAUCAAAAAACGCUAAUGGAACCCUCGAUGUCGCCAAGAUUGGCUGGCACAGAAACGAGUGGAAUGGAAGAUGUCCCAUUUCAUGGUGCUGAGAUGGAACCCUCAGGAGGAACAGAGACAGCGCCGGAAUUGCCAGACAGUGAGCUCCUGGGAGCCCUGGAGGAGAGCUUGUGUCAUGUCCAGAAGGACAAGUUUUCAAGGACUUUUCCUUCUUUUCAGUCCAAGAAGUACUCAACUGCCAAUGGACUGGACGAAAUACACUCGAAUGGAGAUGCCACCAUUGCCAUCACUCCAGUGACAUCCACAUCAUCUGUCCAGCAGAAACCAACAUACAAGGCCCCGCACACAAAUCUACUUACUAAUGGAAUAUCAGCUGUGCCCCCAGGAAGACAACAAGAGAGAAGAUGGGAAGACGCCUCAUCUACUGUUCAGGGCCUUGUCGUGGAGCUGUCCAAUCUCAAUCGCCUCAUUAUGAGCACGUACCGGGACCUCCGUCAGAAGAGAGUGCGGCACCCCCCUGGCAGAGGUGCUGCACGAAAAAGACGCAGAGAAAUGUAACUAACACCGCGCAUCUGUUUUUGUAUUUAUUGUUCAGCAGGUUUAUAGUUUUGUAUUUUAUCCUAAAAUGUAUCCAUGGUCAUAGCUUUGUACGCCAUUUUGUAUGCUGUUUUUCAAUUUAUACCCUAUUAUGGCUGUUGAUUUCUUGGAUGCUUUGAUCCAUUUUUUUCUCCACCAGGCAGCCAUCUUGUUUGCUAUUACAGUAUACAGACUAUUAGUUCUCCAGAGCAUUGGGGAGGCAUGAGGAGUGGUACAAGCCUCCGCAAUGUUACUGGUUUCUAUAGAAUUACAGGGCUUCCUUGUGGUGAAUAGCAGUGCCGGGCACAAACAUUUUGUUGACAUUUGAGUCAGAAUGACAGGUUCUCUUUUGGCUUUUUUUACUACAAAGAUAAAAAAAAAUAAUUAAAAAAGUUUUCUUUCAUGUUGCAGAUUUUUUAUUGAUGUCAAUAAAACGUAAUAAAAU